AUGGCGGCAAAUAAAGCUCAAAUUCAGAAGAGAUUAAAGUUGACGCUGGGCAUAAAUGUGGACGCAGUGAAGCAAGGUAUGGGCACAUCAAACGAUGGCAAUACGGCAAGAAGGUUUUUCGAAAAUCCAACCAAAAUUGCAGAAGAAUUAAUACAUAGAUUUAAAAUUAUUUUGGCAACAAUAAAUUGUAAUGCAGCGAUAGACACUAACAAAUUUCAUAUAUAUUACAUGGAUACUGCCAAGUUGUUUGUUGAUCUCUAUGUCUGGUACUACAUGCCUGUAACUGUGCAUAAGAUUUUGGUGCAUGGUGGCAAAAUUAUAGCAGAAGCUAUUCUGCCAAUAGGUAUGCUAUGCGAGGAAGCUCAGGAAGCGAGGAGUAAAGUCUAUAGAGCCUAUAGAUUACAUCAUUCGCGAAGAAUUGGACGUGUAGCCACUAAUGAAGACGUAAUGCAUAAUCUUUUAUUGUCUUCAGACCCAUUUCUAAACAGAUUUCGCUCAGAGCUGCAAAUCAAAAAAUAG